AUGUCUAGCAAAGAUAGCUGGCCCCCUCCCCCACCGCAAGAACAGCCUCAGCAACAGUCCUCUCAACAGCAGCAGCCUCAGCAGCAGCCCUCGGGCGGGCCUCUUCCUCCAUCAUCAUCAUCCCAACAGCAGCAACAUAGACCUCAUCCAUAUACAAGUGGAGCUGGACAGACACAACCUCCUGUUUUACCCCCUCCUCCUUCCAUGAGCUCGGGCGGGUCAACUUUUUUUAAUCAAGCAGCAUCGCAUCCUAUGUCACUUCCUACAUUAUCAACAGGUUCUCACCCGUCUUAUUCUUUACCAUCUAUGCAAUCGAUGUCUGGACCACCGCCUUCCGGAGGUAAUAUGGGCCCCCAACAGCAAAGGGAGUCCCAACAAGCCUCCCAGGGGCCCCCACAGCAGCCUCAAAAUUCGCAGCAACAGCAACAACAACAGCAGCAAGCUCAACAGCAACAGCAACAGCAACUACAACGCUCUGGAUUGCCUUCAAAUAGCCCUGCACAGACUGCACUCGUCAUGCAGACAUCUCCACCGGUAGUUACACAAAUGCCUCUUUUGAAUUCGUCCCAGGGACCUCAUCUAGGUCAACAGCAGCAGCAACAACAAGGCCCCGGGGGACCUCCCACUCACGCAUUAUCAAGCAUUCAGAAUUCUAUCUCCGUGCAACAACAACAACAGCAACAGCACCAAGGAGGAAUGAAUCAGGCGGUUAAUCAGGCUCAGAGUCAAGCCCAGGCGGCGGCCUCUCAAAUGCCCCCAUCCGCAACCGGACCCGGAAAUGGGCCCGGGGGCCCUAUUCUUAAUGAUGCUUUGUCAUAUCUCGAUCAGGUCAAAUAUCAAUUCCAGGAAGAGCCGGAUGUGUAUAACAACUUUCUGGAUAUCAUGAAAGAUUUCAAGAGUCAGGCAAUCGAUACCCCUGGGGUUAUUGACCGUGUUUCUACCCUAUUUAGCGGUCAUCCGAGCCUGAUACAGGGUUUUAAUACCUUUUUACCUCCUGGGUACCGUAUCGAGUGCUCCCAAGACCCAAGGGACACUAAAAUAACUGUUACCACCCCAUCUGGAAUUCAUCACGCCUCAUCGGGGGGUGAAGUCUCAAUUGGCGGUGGAAAUGGGAUACCCUUGUCUAGCGCUUCCCUCAAUGGUAAUGGGAAUGGCCCCGGACAACCUGCUCACUCACGAUUUUACGAACAGCAAGGCAGUAGAUGGGGCGGUGGUGGUGUGGAUAAUGUCAUGUACGGUUCCUACGGUCCCGGGGUUCCUGGUCCUGGGCAGCAGCAGCAACAACAGCAACAACAGCAGCAACAGCAGCAACAACAGCCGCCUCAGCAGUCAGAGCCACUUUCAGCACAUCAACUGCACCAACAACAGUUGGCGCAACAUGCGCAGGCACAGCAGCAAGCGCAACAGCGACAGGCGCAGCACCAAGCUAGUGUGCAACAAGGUGUAAAUCAACUACAAUCCGCAGCUGCUCAUACUAAUGGGGCCACUGUAAAGGUGCCGGCUGGAUUAAUUGUCCCUCAAGGUCCCGGAACACCUUCUGGUGCUAGCGAUGCCAAAGCAGGAAAAGGUCCCGUCGAGUUCAACCAUGCCAUUAGCUACGUGAACAAGAUCAAGAAUCGAUUUGCACAACAACCGGAAAUCUAUAAGCAAUUUCUUGAAAUUCUUCAGACAUACCAACGGGAGUCAAAGCCAAUCCAAGAUGUUUAUUCGCAGGUUACAGAGCUUUUCAAGACUGCUCAAGAUCUUCUUGAGGAUUUUAAGCAAUUCCUUCCUGAAUCUGCUGCUCAAGCUCGGGCAGCAGCCGCAGCGAAGGCAGCGCUUGCAGAGCAAGACGCAGUAUAUCCAUCUGGAGGUUUAGGGCCGACGGGACCUACAGCGGCAGCACAAACUAGGUUACCACCUGUCGGAAAUUUUGCACCGCCACCGAGCGUUGGGAAAGAAAACAAAGGGAAGAAAAGAGGCCCACAGGUCCCAAUCCAGGAACAGAAAACUGACGCAGCUGCAGCUGGCAGUAGUGUUUUGACAAGUAGAGGCGCGGCCAAGAGGCAUAAAACUGGCGUAAAUAAACCUUCAGUAACAGAACAAUUGGCAGCCGUUUCGCCAACUCUAAUUCCAUUUCAACCUGAACCAUUAGGGCCAUCGCCACAACCUAUGGCAUCGACCGAGGAGUUGGCAUUCUUUGACCGCGUAAAAAAGUUUAUUGGUAAUAAGCAAACUUAUAACGAGUUCCUGAAAUUGCUCAAUUUGUUCUCGCAAGACCUUAUCGGUAAAGAUAUGCUUGUUGAUAAAGUAGCAAACUUCAUUGGUGGCAACAAGGAAUUAAUGGACUGGUUUAAGCGAUUUGUGGGAUGGGAGAGUAGAGAAGAAAUGAUAGACAAUAUCCCACGAUCUCUCAGUAAAGUUAGACUGAGCGUUUGUCGUGGACUGGGACCAAGUUAUCGUUUAUUGCCUAAGCUAGAGGCUCAGAAACCUUGCAGUGGGCGAGAUGAAAUGUGUUGGGAAGUCCUUAAUGAUCAAUGGGCAUCACAUCCCACCUGGGCAUCUGAGGAUUCCGGAUUCGUUGCGCACAAGAAAAAUCAAUACGAAGACAUCCUCCAUCGUAUUGAGGAAGAACGCCACGAUUAUGAUUUCAACAUUGAGGCUAACCUUCGAACAAUUCAACUCCUUGAGCCGAUUGCUCAGAGAAUUGCGGGAAUGACGCCGGAGGAAAAGGCGACUUAUAAACUGCAGUCGGGCCUUGGCGGUCAGAGCAAGACGAUUUACCAACGGAUAAUCAAGAAAGUUUACGAUAAAGAGAAGGGUCUCGAAGUAAUCGAAAUGUUACACAAUAACCCAGUUGCCACUGUUCCAAUUGUGUUGAAACGCCUGAAAUCGAAGGAUGAAGAAUGGAAGGCUGCUCAGCGCGAAUGGCAGAAAGUCUGGCGAGACCAAACUGCAAGGGUAUUCUGGAAGAGCUUAGACCACCAAGGAAUUACGAUCAAGGGUAACGAUAAGAAAGCGUUCACGAUUAAGUCCUUGGUAAACGAGAUUCAGGCCAAGCACAGAGAACAGGUGAACAAGCGGGUUAGUGCCACAACACCUAUACCCGAGUACCAGUUCCAAUAUUCUUUUUCCGACUUUGGCAUCAUCUUAGACGCUAGCAGGUUGCUGGCUGUUUCAUUGGAGCACAAUAACAUCUUCAGCCUAAACGAUCGCGAAAAAAUCGACGGCUUCAUCAAAUCCUUCAUUCCCCUUUUCUUUGGUAUGAAUUCGCGGGAUGUGGAAGACACCGUCAAUAGCAUCGCCCGGAAAACGCCGGAUGAAGACCAAGACGAUGCACAUUCUCCGGCAGCUGGUGAAGGUACCUCAACCCGCAGCGGUCGACGUGCUCAAAGACAAGAUCAAGACCUUCUUAGAGAUGUUCUUAAGCGGGGAAAGAAUGGCAAAGCUUCCAGGAAAGAGAAAGAAGGGAGUGUGCCCUCGCGCGGAAGUAAAGAAUCUACUCCGGAGAUUGGACAGCAUGAUGCGGACAUCGAGAUGAGCAUUGACGGACCCGCAGAUCGCCCGAUUAAGGAGGAAGGAAAUUGGAUUGCAAGGCCGUUAAAGCAUCUCCCCGAUAUGAAGCCCGGAACCCCUACCUCUCAUGCUGAUGAGCCGAUGUUGCCUAUCAAAAGAAACAUCUACUCACUUUACUGCAACACAACCAUUUAUGGAUUCUUUAGAACCUUUCAGAUCCUUUGUAGCCGUUUAGCCGACAUCAAAGCGUCGGAGGCAGACAUCCGAAAAGACAUUGAAAUUCGCAAGCAUCAUAAGGUUGCAAAUGAGCUCAAUAUUGCGAACCAGCGUAUUGAGGAUCUAUUCGCAGACACUGGUCCAAACGCAAAUUAUUACUCCCAGGUUCUGGAUAUGUGUGAGAAAUUCAUUGAGGGUGACAUCGACUCCAAUACUUUCGAGGAAGGGCUCAGAUCAGUACGUAAUAUUGAGGGGAUGCUUGGCCCAGAUGAUAAUGUUUACCGAAUUGAUUGGCAUGAGGAUACAAAAGAAGCAACGAUCCGCUUCGUCCCCCGGAACGAAGUUACGGUCAACAAUGAUCUUGACAAAGAUGAGCGCUGGAACUACUACAUCCAAACCUAUAUGAUGGUUUCUCCCACGGAGGGAAUUCCGCUUGAGAAAUGUAAAAAGGUGUUCCUCCGUCGCAACCACCCCUCAGAAGAAGAUCUCCCAGAGUCAACUGGGUCUCCUCGUGAGGCCGCCAAUAAUGCCAUUGCAGAUGGUGCAUGCAAUGAGGAGAAUAUGGAAGUGCGGAUUUGCGUCAACACGUAUCGUCUCUUCUUCAUGCAGAACACCGAAGAUUUCAUAGUAAGGACAAGGAAGGAACGGAUGGCAAUGGGGUCAGAGCAGUUGGAAAGGGUAAAAGAGAAAAGGAAGAGGAGAUGGAGGGAGAAAAUUUUGGGAGAUGCAGCUUGGAUGAAAGGGCUAGAGAAGGAAGAGGUGGAUCGAAAGAAAGAGGAGUGGGACAGGUUUUUGAAGGAAGGGAACCACUCUGUAAAGGAUGUAGAUAUGGGUGGUAUCUAG